UUAGGAGGAGCAGUCGGCGGCAAGAGACACCAGACCAGGCCGUGUUUAGGUCCAACCAAACUGUCAGCAGAGCAUAAAAAAAUGGACCUCGCAGAAGAGCUGGGGCAGUUGGACCCACUGACCACCGAUGGACCAUUCACCAUGAAGGAGAUAACACAGAUCAUCUCUGACCUAAAGAAGGACAACUUCAACCUCAGACUCCGCAUCUUCUUCUACGAGGAGCGGCUGCAGCAGAGGUGUGAUGACUCUGUUGAGGAAAUGUACAAAACAAACAUUGACCUGAAGGUAGAGGUUGAAACACUGAAAGAGGAAAUGAGGGAGCUGCAGAGCGUCUCUGCCCUUGCACUUCAAGAUUACCCAGAGCAGAUGGAGCAGCUCCGAGAGUACUGCAACACCAAGAUCCAGCAGCUAGAGAAGGAUCUGGAUUCAUCCAGAGUGGAGGUGGGGAAGCUGACAACCAUGUUGGAGCAGGAGAGAAUGCGUUGCCUGGAGCUGGAGAAGGAGCUUCAGGGGGAGGGUCACUCACAAACUGACGUACCCACCCAGACUGACCACUCCAUGUCGGACGCCCCCACCCAGACUGAACACUCCCAGUCCGAUGCACCCACACAGACUGACCCCCUACCCAAGGAACAGGACCCAGACAGGAACCAGAACCCGGAGCAGUUCCAGGACCUACUCAGUCUGCUGGAGGAGAGAGAUUGGCUGAUAGAGCAGCUGCAGGCGUCUGUGAAGUCCCAGGAGGUUCUAAUAGACCAGCUGAGAUACAGUGGUGCUGGCCAGGGUAGCGGAGACCAGCCAACAGCCGACCCCGACCGCCAGCUGUCAUCUCUCAUUGCUCAGAGAGAGAUGGACCUGCAGGCUCUGGAACAUGAUCAUGGCAGAGAGAAGAGGAAAUAUGACAGACACCUGAAGGAGCUGCAGGAUAUGAUGGCAGAGAAGGAUUUCCAGUUGGCUGAGUGUGAGUUUAAAGUCAAGGAGCAGGAAGCCGCCAUCCAGAAACUCAACCUCAAAAUACAUGAGAAAGAUAGAGGGAAGAAAAAAGCUGUUCAGUCAAGCGAUGGAGAGACAGACACGAUAGGCCAGCUUCAGGCAUGUCUGCGGGAGAAGGAGAAAGAACUGCUGACCCUCAACAACCUGCUGUUUAGCCAUGAGGAUACAAUCCAUACUCUUGAGAAUGAACUGGCCAAUGAGAAGAUCAAAUAUGACUCAAAGAUGAAGGAGCUCCAGGAUGCUUUGGAAAAGUCCAAUGAAGAGAUUGCAGAGAAAGACUUCCUCCUAACAGAGAAUGAGAUUAAACUGAAGGAGCUGGAAGCCACCGUAAAGACAUUCAACUGCACACUGCCGGAAAAAGAUCAAUUGCAAAAGGAGGGCCAUGUGCGCACAUGCCCUGACAUUACCACUGGUCACCAGCAGGAGUCAGUGUCACAGCAGCAGCUUGAAGAGGUGAAGGAGGCUUCUGAGAGAGCCAGGGAAGAGCUGCUGGCUGUGGUAGAGCUGAACAACAGGGAGAUUGAGCGUCUUCAGAAGUCUCUGCUGGACAUCCAAACACACCCACCUGCCCAAGAAGACCUCCUGUCUCACAUCCAAGAUGCUAUAAACCGAGCCAAGGAUGAUAUCCUCACUGCCAAUGAAGGGAAAGGAAACGACAGCUCUUCAAAGCUGUCUCUACUGCUGCAGAAGCUAACCAAUCUGCAAGAUAGGAACGACCAGCUGUCUUGCUGUCAACAUCUGAUAAAUAGUGUGAGUGCUCUGAUGCGACAGCGAGACGUGGAGAUGAAUCAGACCAGGGAUGUGUUUAAGCGUCUGCAGGGAGCCAAGCAGGAUCUGGAGGAGAGACUGUGCCAAACACUACAAGACAAGGACAGGGCCUUUGCACACCUACAGGACGCUCUGGACAGGAAGAACAAGGACAUGGAGGUCAUGGCUGGUCAGUUCCAGAGCCAGAUGGAGGAAAGCAACAGGGAGCUAGAACGACUGGAGCAGGGACUGAGAGCGACAAAAGACAUGUUGGUUCAAACCAAAGCAGAUAAGCAGAGACAGCUGACUGACCACCAACUCACAGUGGAAGAGCUCCAGUCUGCCACCAGUAUCAAUGCUCAAGUGCUAAAGUCUUUAGAGUCAGUGAUGAAGGGCUUGGACCAGGAGCUCCAGGAGAAAGACUAUAUAAUCUCCCAGCUACAGGAGGUGGUCAACAGGAACUCAGAGGAUCUAGAGAUCAUGGUUGGCCGGUUGCAUAGCCAGGCUAAGGAUAGCAACAAAGAGCUGGAGCAACUGGAACAGAGCCUAAAAGAGACAGAAGCCAUUUUGCUUCAGACAACCCAGGAAAAGGAGACACAGAUGACAGACCAUCAACUUGAAAUGGAGAAACUGCAGGGUGAAGCUGACGACAGCAACAGGAAGUUGGAGCAGCUGGGGGAGAAACUCAAGGAAAUGGAGGACAUUUUGGCUCAUACCACUGGCAAAUAUCUGCAGGACAAUCAACUUACAGACAGGAAACUACAGAGUCAAGCGGAGGACAGAGACAGGAAGAUGGAGCCGCUGGAACAGAGACUCAAGGAGGCUGUUGACAUUUUGGCUCAGACCACUGAUGAUAAGGACAAACGGAUGCUAGAAAAUCAACUAGCAGAACAGAAACUACAGAGCCAGACAGAGGACAGCAAUAGGAAGUUGGAGCAACUGGAUCAGAUGUUGAAAGAGAAGGACGUCCUGUUCAUGCAGAGCACAGCAGACAAGGAGAUACAACUGACAAACUACAAACUCACAGUAGAGAAGCUAAUGUCUUAUAUCACCAUCAAUGAACAGAUGUUCAAGGAGUUCAGAGAACAUCACAGCCAGAUUCUGGCCAAGCACACGCUGGAGCUUGAGGACUAUGGGAAGAGGCAGGAGCAGCUAUCCACAGCACAGAUUCAGAUCUCUGCCUCCCUGCAAGAGAAGUGCUCAGAGGUCUCUGAACUCAGACAACUUCAGACUGAGAGGGAGCAGAUCAUCAAGGGCCUGGAGCAGCUUGCAGUCCAAAGGGAGAGGAGGAGAUCUAAUCUGUGUCCGAGAGAGACUCUGGACCCUGACAACCACACUAUCCCAGAGAACAGUGAAGUUCCUCCAACUGAGGCUGGCCCGACCAAGUGUGAGAGGUGUCUCCAGCUCUUGCAGAGGGAGAAUGGCAGUCUGCUGGACAGACUGAGGGCUAGCAAACGCCUCAACGAGACCCUGCGCAGCCAGCUGGACCUGUGCAGAUCCAUUAUGGCUCAGAGAGAGGGGGGUGAUGGACGCAGUUUCACCCCCUCCAACUCACUCACAGUGGAAGAAGAAAUGGAGGAGCAGCAGCAGGAGAUCUUGAGGCUGAGACAGAGUCUGGAGGAGAGCAUCCAGGCAAACGGAAGGCUCCAGGGGCAACUGGAGAACCAUAAGGCCCAGCAGGCAGCAACUCAGACAGGAGCCCAGCAGGCAGGGACAGAGAUGGGCCAGAACCACCCAGGUGUGCAUGCUGAGUCAGAGCGACUGAAGGUGGCUCUGGUUGAGACAGCCUGUGAGCUCACACGGCUCCAGAGAGAGAGUGACACGCUGAGGGAGGAGAGAGAGAAGCUGACAGAGGGGCUCGCACGCUCUGAGGACAACAACAGGAGCCUGGAGGGCUCACUCAGCUCCACACGGGAAGAGAUAGACAGGUUGAAGGGCGAGCUCGGUGCCUAUCAAAAACAGCUCACCAACAGCAAUGAGCUCCUCAAGACAUUUUGUGUGGAGAUACAGGGGUCCAAGCAGAUGAGAACAGCUGCAGUCAACCCCACUGCAUCAGAGUUUGGAGGCGGUCUCCAGGACAACCCCAAGCUAAAUCAACUCCUCUCUGAGAUCCAGCGAAUCAUAGCACAGCUUGCCGGUAAGGACACGACACAGACUAAAGCCACAGAGGAGAAACUCCCUGAGCAUUCUGGUUGGCCCGAGUGCCCUCCAAAGAUCAUUAACAUCAACUAUGUGGAGUGUGGCGCUUCCAGGCAUUCAAGCAGGAGCAGUCCUUCAGGUACAAGGAGAAGAGAUCAUGCCAAGAAGGACAAGGACAACCUCUCUCAAAGCAGCCAUAACUCCAGCAUAGAUGACUCGGUCCCAUCCUUAUUGAACAGUAGCCUAUCCCCACUGUGGGCCAAUGACAAGAGCCCUCAUGUCACUGGCCAUGAAGAUGAUUGCAUCACCCUGCAGAGACUGAUAUCAGAAGGGAAGACAAUGACCAAUAAGAUGAGUAGGCUACUACAGGAGUGCCACAACAACAACUCCCAUCCCAAGUCACAGUCAGCAGUGGACCAGAAGUACAUCAAGCAUAUCUCAUCAACCAUCGGUGCUAACCAGCAUGCUUUGGAGCAAGCCUGUCAUCUUCUGAGGCUCCAAGAGAGGCGUUCUCAGACUGACUCUGUGAAUAUAUACCAGAGCCAAGAGGACUUCUACUUGGAAAACCUGAAACUGAAGAAGAAAAUUGAGAUAAUGAAGAGGGAGCAAUCUCAAAAUAAGAAGAUGCUUUCUGAGGCCGUCAAACGACUGAGAAGAGUGAAUCUGGGGAAAGUGGGGAGACUGAGUGAAUAGCAGCAAAUGAUCAUCAUUCCACUAAGCCAACCUUUGUUUCAUGGAUUAAAAUAGAAAGAACGAGAGCUUCCCUCAUCAGUCUUAAUAAAAGUCUGCCAUUGCAAUGCUA